GGAGACAAAUCAAACAACACUGAUAUAUAUUUAGCGCGAGAGGGAGAGAAACCAAUAAAAAGAUUUCAAGAGAGAAAUUGCCCUUUUAAAAGCUUCUUGUUCAGAUUGAUUUACAAUAUAACUUCGAUUUUUUUAAAGGAUUAUUGUGAAAUCGAUUCUGUUUUUUUAUUGGAAGAACCUCGACUAAGCAACUAGGUUUUACUUUGACGGAUCUUGGGAUAGUUAAUUGAACGGAGUUAUUUAGUUUGAUCCUGGUUAAUUAACGAGUGAAAUUUGAGAAAAAUAGAGUUCUUCUGUACUGAGAAUCCAGGAUGUUGUAACGUAAUAUGGCACUAUUCUUGUCUGCAAUAUACAUAGAAGAAAUGUCGCUUUACAUCGGUCGCGAGGCUUCAAAGUUAUGGAAGAGAUUUUGUGCGGAAAUUACAACCGAAAUCAACCUUCUCGCAGAAAAUUGGAAGUAUAUUCUAGGGGGUCUCAUUUGUCAGUACAUACACGGACUAGCUGCUCGAGGAAUUCAUUAUUUUCAUCGGCCAGGACCAAUACUUCAGGAUGUUGGCUUCUUUCUUCUUCCGGAGCUUGGACUAGACAAAGCUUACAUCAGUGAAACAGUAUUUACAUUCGUCUUUCUAUCGUUUGUCUUGUGGACUUUCCAUCCCUUCAUCUUCAAGAGCAAAAAAAUUUACACCGUCCAAAUAUUUAGUGUUUGUUUGAUUGAUUUACAAUAUAACUUCGAUUUUUUUAAAGGAUUAUUGUCAAAAUACAAUUUCCUUGAAAUAGCCGGCUCAGUCUCAACUGUUUCUCCGUGUUCAACUCGCGUGUUAUCGUACAAAGGAGACAAAUCAAACAACACUGAUAUAUAUUUAGCGCGAGAGGGAGAGAAACCAAUAAAGAUACCAAUAAGCAGCAGCCCCAGUUUCAAGAGAGAAAUUGCCCUUUUAAAAGCUUCUUGUUCAGAUUGA